AUGACUGCCGCUACCAGAGACUGGCGGGACACAGACAUACUAAACUGCAUGGAAGCUAUUUCACUCACUUGUUGCGCGCCCAGCUCUGAUCAGCAUCCUUCAAUACCAACACAUAUCAGCAUCACUAAUUCUCUGUACUCUUGUCCACUUUUUUCGUUCAUUCCUUUUGCUCCAAGUACGUUCAUUCAUUCGUUCUUGCCUUUUUUCUUUUCCCUUCCUCAAUCCGUUUAUUUAUUUCCUUUAUUUAUACGGCAACACAAAAGACAAGCAAAGAGCCACAACGAUCCUAAAGUGCUAUCUUCCUUUCUUCCUCAUUUUCAUUUGCCGUCUUUUUUCUUUAUAUACUCAUUGAUUAUUCCUCUUUCACUAAGGAUUUAUCGAUUUGUUUAUUUUUAUCAUAUCUUAAUUUCACACUUCGUUUUGUUCCAUUUACAUUUUUCUUUUUUUUUGACACUUUUCUUUAUUCAUUCAUUUUUUUUCUUAUUUCUUUCAUAUUUUACUCAAUGCAUUGAUUAUUUAUCUCUCUCCCUUUCUCUCUCUCUAUUUCUUCCUUUUAAUUUUCCCCAUGUCUCUCUCUCUCUAUUUCUUCCUUUUAAUUUUUCCUCUCUCUCUCUCUAUUUAUUCCUUUUAAUUCCCCCCCCCUCUCUCUCUCUCUCACUAUUUCUUCCUUUUAAUUUUUCCCGUGUCCGGAAAUGCAUUCAUUUUUAUUUAUUUAUUUUGAAUAAUUUGAAUUUCUUAAUCAUGUCUUUCACUCGUUCGUACUUAAUAUUUUUAUACUUCUCUUCAUUCUUCUAUUCACUCGAAUUCUCUUCUGCUUACAGUCAUUUUUUUCAUUCAUUCCUACGAAUAAGUUCAUUCAUUCGUUCCUUCCCCUUUUCUCUUUCUUCUUUUCUUCUUUUAUUUAUUUCCUUUCUUAACACAGCAACACAAAAGACUAACAAAGAACAACAACGAUCCUAA